AUGAUGGGAGAGGUGAUCCGUGUUUCCGGCAGGGCGACGGACGUCGGGGACUUCCUCAAGGAGGCCAUGCUGUCGCAGCGAUUCGCGGACGUCGCCCUGUGCUGUCCCGGAGGCCAGAGGUUCCUCGCGCAUCGCCUGGUCCUGUCGGCCGCGAGCCCUUAUCUACAGGAGGUGUUGCUGGCGCACAGCAAGUCCGCCGCUCAUUGCGAGCCGAUCACCGUGAUCCUGGCGGAGGUGGAGGCGCCGGAACUCGCGGCGCUCCUCGGCUUCGUGUACACCGGAAGCGCGACGGUGCCGCGGAUCCGACUGGACGCGUUCCUGCGCGCCGCCGAGGCUCUGCGCAUUCAGCUGCCACCGGUGCCGCCUGCAGUGGUGAUGACGUGCGGGGGGGACCAGGCGGACUGCAAGCUGGAGGCUGACGUCAAGGACGUCAAGGUCAGCCCCAAAUACCUGCAGUGCGACCAGUACCCGUCGUCCGACAGGUGGUACCGCUCGGCUAGGCCGUCGUCGUCCUACGAGUACGACCGUAAAGAGUCCUGCGGCAGGAUAUUCCCGUCAAACGACAGCGGGGAUAUCCUCGGGGACAGCAGGGGCCUUCACGAGCUCGACAAUCCGGCGAGUAGAUGCGCGUUCGCGCCUGCCACCUGCGCGAGCACGUGGCCGAUCGGUGACUACAUGCAGCAAGAACGCGCGAUGGGAGAUCCUCCCGCGGCGGGGAAGAGUCACGUACCGAUGACGAGACCGGCGCACACCGACAAGAACGACGCGAUGCUGGCCGGCCACGGUGAGCCGGCGUUCAACGUGUACCAGCCGACCACGUGUCUCCCGCCGGCCGCACCUGCUGUCACGGAGGUAUACGGCGGGCUGGAUCCGCUGGAGAGGAUCAUCAGGUCGGGGUACGAGAGGACGCGGAUGAAUUGCGCGGCCGACAAACUGACGGACGAGGAGGCGGCCGGCGAGUUUUGCGGAAGAACGCGCGACGAUUGCGGCCGCGAGUGCCCCUACCCUACGGGCAGGAUGCAGCCGUCGUCGUCGUCCUUGCAGUGCGCCGGCCGGACGAGGUCAUACGAGAGGCCCGAUUACGGUCAGCCGGCGGGCGAGGAUCUCAGCUGCGGCGAAAGUUGUUGUAGGUGGAGGACCGCCCGCAGGCACGUAGUGGCAAACCGCGUCACCGCGUCGCCGUGGCGCCAGAUCGUCAGGCCCCAUCAUUCACCGAGGACGAGGCCCGUCGUUGUGCCCGAACGUCCGCUCGACGAUAUGGAGAUGCAGAGGAAGCCACUAACACCGGAACCACAGCGGUCCACGAUAAUAUCGAUCAGCCCGAGGAUCCACUCGCCCAGAAGCGCGCCGAGAAACGACGGGCUUUACGGGUAUGAAGUUCCUACCAACUGCGAGAUGAGCUUUAACGGCGACUCCUCGAGAGCACGCGAGACUAUGCUCGGCGGCCCGGAGCCGGCGAGGAUCCAGGAGAUCUAUAGAUCCCCGCUUCCGUUCGCACCCUCUGGCCAGAUCGCGCCGCUCACGCUGAGGAGCAACGAGCCACCCUUCCAGGGCAACACGAAUAGCAACACGUCCGCGCGACCGUUAUCCACCGACGGCGUUCUCGCUGGCAAAAGCGGAUACGCGCAACCGAUCCCGCCGACCAAGCCUGAACUGUCGCACCCGAUCAGCCGACUCUGCGACACGAUCGACUCCGACACCGACAAGAGAGAGACGACGGACGCGGAGAAGAACGGCGGCGAGCGGCUCGCGAGGAUCUUCGUCAACAGCGACAACAACAACAACAACACCGAGGCGAUCGUCAGCGCGGAAGUGCCUCCGCGCGGACGAUCCGUCGACGAGCACAGGUGCGACCAGUGCGGCAAGAGCUUCGUCACGAGGGCGUCUCUCAAGGUGCACAGCCGCACGCACUCCGGGGAGAAGCCGUUCCGCUGCGCCGACUGCGGCAAGCAGUUCUCGCAGCUGCGCAACUACAAGUACCACCGGAGCGUGCACGAGGGCACGCGCGAGUUCGCGGCUACCUGUCCGGAAUGCGGCAAGUACUUCAACGACCGCGGCUACCUGAGCUCGCACAUGAAGAUCCACCGGAACCGCAAGGAGUACGGCUGCGCGGAAUGCGGCAAGAGCUUCAACCAGCGGGUCGCCUACAACAUGCACGUGCGCAUACACACCGGCGUGAAGCCGCACCAGUGCGAGCAGUGCGGCAAGGCGUUCUCGCGGAAGAUGCUGCUGAAGCAGCAUCUGCGUACGCACUCGGGCGAACGGCCGUAUCAGUGCCAGGUCUGCCAGAAGGCGUUCGCCGAUCGCUCCAACAUGACCCUCCACACGAGGCUGCACUCCGGCCUCAAGCCGUACCAGUGCACCCUCUGCUCCAAGGCCUUCACCAAGAAGCACCAUCUCAAGACCCACCUGAACUAUCACACCGGCACCAAGCCGUAUUCCUGUCCCAACUGCGGCCUCAGGUUCUCCCAGAGCAGCAACAUGCGCACGCACUUUAAGAAGUGCAGCGUCAACAACCCCGCCGGCGCGGCGAAGGCGCGCGACGACGCCGGGGAGCCGGCGAUCGACGGUAACGGGGUGGUGAUUGCCGGCGGCCAGGUGGCCGGCAGUCCGACCGACGCCCUGACGCCGCCCAAUUCCGACCAGGAGUCCAGCAUCCUCACGCCGAUCUCGAAGAACGUCGUCGUCGAGAGCAACGCGUAG